UCAAAACCCUCCCCGUCGACGGAGGCCACCUUCUUCCUUCUCUUCCUUCCGUCCACUUCACUCAUAACUUGGUUUUAGGGUUUAACAGACAACUCGGAGACGAAGGAGCUUUCGCCUUGUUUCUGCGUAGGAGAGAGGAGGAGCCAUGAGCAGGAGCUUGGGGAUACCGGUGAAGCUGCUCCACGAGGCCUCAGGCCACAUCGUGACGGUGGAGCUGAAAAGCGGUGAGCUCUACCGAGGGAGCAUGGUCGAGUGCGAGGAUAACUGGAAUUGCCAGCUCGAGAACAUCACCUACACUGCCAAGGAUGGGAAAGUCUCACAGCUUGAGCAUGUAUUUAUUCGAGGGAGCAAAGUCAGGUUCAUGGUCAUACCAGAUAUGUUGAAGAAUGCUCCAAUGUUCAAGCGCCUUGAAUCUAGGAUCAAGGGUAAAAGCUCGGCACUUGGAGUUGGCAGAGGUAGAGCUGUUGCAAUGCGAGCUAGAGCUCAAGCUGCUGGUAGAGGAGCUGCACCUGGUAGAGGUGCCGUUCCUCCUGUUCGGAGGUAAAAAGUAGAUGCAAGACAGUUAUCCUCAUUUCAUCAACAGAUCGGGGCUUCAAGCAUCUUAGGUCUCCCCAUAUGAUGUGAACGUCUCAAAAGCUGUCUACCAUUUUGUGUGAAAUCUAUGUAAAACCUGUCUUAUUGAGCUAAAUAGAUUGGAUACCAUGAUGCGGGUUCUAAGCGGGCUGUUUUGUUUUAGUAUGCAUGUGAUAGGAGGCUGAAUUGCAUAUCAUCAACUCUCUUAAUCUCUCUUCAUUUCGUGUAGUUUCUGAAUCAAUCUUAAUUCUAUUUCAACAAUUUUACUGGAUCCUGUGGACUGCCAUUGUCUCUUGUAUCCCCUGGCAGCACGUUUGUGGUAAUUUAGUAUACUCUUGUAUUA